UAACAGUGGUAGGAUUUUUAAAUACACACAUCGCACCGGUGAAGGUAUCACGGCUGGAGGUGAUUCGUGGAGCUUUCAGACCGGCUCGCCGUCAAACUGCUGACUCUAAACACGAGACAUGGUCCAUUUUAACAAAUGGACGUUAGCGACGAGCGCGCCUCUCACCGACAGGACUGCCGCACGGGAUUUAAUGCUCAGAUAGUCGCUUGUGAUGACGGUGGACUGGUUUAGUAUAUGAAAUACAAGGCUGUGAACAUAUCAUGGCUUGUUUUAAAUGCGUAUCGUUUAAUUGAUCACCGACUUUGAUUGUAGAGCAAAGGGCUUCAGCUGCCCCCCGUUUGUUUGCUGGAAACAUUGAGUCAACAGCACACCAAAUCAAGAUGACAGGGGAAAAUACAACUAUCAAAAGUCGGAUUAGAAAUCUGCUCCGCUCGCCUUCCAUCAAACUGAGAAGAAGUAAAGCUGGGAACAACAAAGAGAAUCUCAGUAAUAAGGUGACGUUGGAGAAAGUCCUGGGAAUCACUUCCGCUGGGAAUCGUGCUUUGGCGUGUGACCCGCAUUCAGGACUUGUGGCCUACCCAGCCGGGUGUGUGGUGGUGCUACUGAACCCUAAGAAAAACAAACAGCAUCAUAUCCUCAAUAGCUCCAGGAAAACCAUCACUACGGUCUCCUUCUCUCCUGAUGGCAAAUAUGUGGUCACGGGUGAGAGUGGUCAUAUGCCAGCGGUGCGUGUCUGGGAUGUGGCAGAGAGGACACAGGUGGCGGAGUUACAGGAACAUAAAUAUGGCGUGGCAUGUGUGGCUUUCUCUCCCAACAGUAAAUACAUCGUCAGUGUGGGAUACCAGCACGACAUGAUCAUCAACGUCUGGGCCUGGAAGAAAAAUGUUGUGGUUGCAGCCAACAAAGUGUCCAGUAAAGUGACGGCUGUGUCUUUCUCAGAUGACAGCUCGUAUUUUGUUACAGCCGGGAAUAGACACGUGAAGUUCUGGUAUCUUGACCACACCAAGUCAUCCAAGGUGAAUGCCACAGUGCCAUUAUUGGGCCGCUCUGGUCUUCUUGGAGAGCUGCGGAAUAACUUCUUUAGCGAUGUGACCUGUGGAAAGGGCCGGAAGGCGAACAGUACCUUCUGCAUCACUUCCUCUGGGCUGCUCUGUGAGUUCAACGACAAAAGAAUGCUGGACAAGUGGGUGGAGCUCAGGAAAAAUGACAGUUUCGCAACCAGUAUGGCCACGUCUCUGUCGGUCAGCGAGGAUCUGAUCUUCUGUGGUUGUGCUGAUGGGACAGUGAGAGCGUUCAGCCCCACUGACCUGCACUUUAUCUGUAUACUGCCUCACCCUCACAGCCUGGGCACAGACAUCGCCACUGUUACUGAGGCCAGCCAUCUCUUCGCCUACAAGGAAAACCUCCGCUAUCCUGACACAGUGGCCGUGUCCUAUGACACCACGAACCGCUGGCUGUCCUGUGUCUAUAACGAUCACAGUCUGUACGUGUGGGACGUACAUGAUCUUCGUAAAGUGGGCAAGGUUUACUCAGCUCUCUACCAUUCGGCCUGUGUGUGGAGUGUGGAGGUGUACCCAGAGACGAGGGAUGGAGAGCAGCCACGUUUGUCUCCCGGAUCGUUCCUCAGCUGUUCUUCUGACAAUACUCUCCGUUUGUGGAACACAGACGCCCAGAACACCACCCUCAGCCCAAACGUCAUUAGCAAUGACCUCCAGAAGGUAAUUUAUAUGGACAGCAACACCUCCACCCUGCUGGACACGGACUGCACCAUCUCCAGUAAUUCGGAGAAGGCCGACCCACAGACCUCAGAUAACCGGACAGGCAUUAGGACCAUGUGCGUGAGCCCAGACGGGCUGCACCUGGCAUCAGGAGACCGCAAUGGAACACUGAGAAUCCACGAUUUGGAGAGCAUGGAGGAAAUUCUAGACGUUCAGGCCCAUGACUCUGAGAUCUUGUGUCUAGAGUACUCAAAACCCGAGACUGGGCUGAAACUGUUGGCCACCGCCAGCAGAGACAGACUGAUCCAUGUUCUGGAUGCGGAUCGGGAAUACAGCCUCCUGCAAACACUGGAUGAACACUCUUCCUCUAUCACUGCUGUUCGAUUCGCUGCUAAUGAUGGGAAAGUCAGGAUGAUCAGUUGCGGUGCCGAUAAGAGCGUCUACUUCCGCACGGCACAGAAGACCGAGGAGGGAACAGCGUUCACACGCACUCAUCACAUAGUGAGGAAGACCACUCUGUAUGACAUGGACAUCGACCCCACACGGAAAUAUGCUGUUAUUGGAUGUCAGGAUCGCAGUAUCAGGAUUUUUAACAUCUGCAAUGGCAAACAGAAGAAAGUCUACAAGGGCUCCCAAGCGGAGGACGGGACCCUUAUCAAGGUUCAGACGGAUCCCUCUGGUCUCUAUGUGGCCACAAGCAGCUCGGACAAAAACAUCAGCAUCUUUGACUUAUACACUGGAGAAUGUGUGGCCACCAUGUUUGGCCAUUCUGAGAUCGUAACAGGAAUGAAGUUUACUAAUGACUGUAAACAUCUGAUAACUGUGUCGGGAGACAGCUGUAUCUUUGUGUGGAGGCUUUGUCCUGAGUUGACCAUUAAUAUGAGACAACGGCUUUCGGACCUGAAACAGAACAGCAAACCUGUUCAGAAGACCCCUCCAAAUAAACAACACACACUUAGCACAAGGAAAGAAAUCCACAGUCCCCCGGUCAUUGGCAUUAUGUCGUCCGACAGUGACAAAGAUGUGGAGGAAGAGGAGGGCAUUGAAGAGGAAGAUGAGAUGUUCCCUCACCUGUCAUCGGGCAGCAGUGGUGGCGAGGAGACAGGAUCAUCUGAAGAAAAACGCAACACUCUCAAUUCCCACAUGAAGAAGCAGUCCAACAGUUGUGAACAUGAGGGUUCAGGUCCACGACCAAGACGCCGCUGGUCCAGGCGAUUUGGUAGUAUGGAUCUGAAGGUGAAGUCCAUGCUGGACCUGAGGCAGCUGGAGUCGUUCGCCAUGCCUCUCUUCCCCAGCAAAACCCAAGACGUUCAUAAAGAUCUUCCACCGCCUAGGAACCAAGAACUAGGCAGCACCAUCAGUCUGAAGACUAUUGCCGCAUGGGUACCUGAAGAGAAUGAACCAGGAGGACAAGCACGUCCUCAUUACAUCAAACUGUCCCCUCAAACCCCAGAGACAGAAGUGCUGUAUCCUGAGGGAUGUGAAGACCAAAUCAGUCUUGCUGGAAGUGAGUAUCAAGUGAAAAAGCUGCCCCAUGGAGUGAGAUGUGCUAAAGUCAACUCUUGUCAUGAGAAGCAGAGUCCAGACAGUGCCUGCUCUAUGGAGUAUUCCAGCAGUCGUCUUUCAAGCCCUGAACAUCCCGGAGAAGACUCUGAGCCGACUGAGCCAUUGAGUGUAGAUGGAAACUCAUCAGAACUGGAUAUGGAAGAUCUUGAUGAAGAAGAGGAGGAGAGUCUGAGAAAGAAUGAGGUUCAGACUCCUGUACCUCAGACCCCAGAUCAGGAGGCGUUUCUCAAGAGGCACUUUGCAAACCUGUCAGACCUCAACAAUCCUGCAAGUCCAACCAGAGUAACUCCAAAUAUCUCUGACAGCAUGUCAUCAAAGUUUCUCUCUCAGAUCUCUCCUAGCAGAACUCCAUUCCCAUUCUCCUCAAACAAAAGCAGUGACAUUAAAACCACCAGUGGAGUUGUACGGCCACUUAUCUCAGAGGUGCGGCCCCUCAUGGAGAAUAAGAGUCCAGGCAAACAGCAGGAAUCCCAUGGAACUGAGAGGACAACGGGUCAACGUUUAAUUCAGAAGAAACGCACACCCAUCAUGGAUUCCCGCAGACUGAUCAGCCCUGUUGCUAAAGCUGCCGCAAGUCACAACAGUUCUGCAGGCAUGAGGAAAGCUCAGUCUAUCCACAACAUCUCCUCAGAAGCUGACGGGGUUCAGAUAUCCAGUCGUCCUUCUAAGGAAGUCCAUCCACAGCCGCAGACUCCAGACCACCAACAGACGCAAAGACCCCGGCGUUCCCUUCCUACCGUCCCGCUCAUUAGCCCCACGACUUCCAUGCCAAAGGACAUCACCACACCUACCAAAUCCAAAUCCCGUUCCUACAUGAGUCCUACCACUAGCUCGAUGGCCAAGAUGUCCCGCUCUGCUUCCAUGGGUGACAACUUGAAUGUGGUAGAGUUAGAAGACACAGGAUCUUCAGACCUACGCCGGGGCUCAAGUUCAGACACUUCCAACCCUCGGAGCACCUCCCAAAGCAAGCCGACCACUCCUGUUGCCCAGGUUUCAUCCGCUAAUACUUUGAAAUCCCCAUUUCCAGGCCCCUCCAUGCCCCAUGCAGCAGUCAUACCCACGCUGAGUGCUAGCUCAACUGGAAACUCUUCCUCUAAAGGUCUCCAGGUCAAACUGACUGGCAGUGCUCGACCACUGCUCCAUAUAGACAUUCCUAAUCCUCUUCCAGAUAAACCCUUGUUGUCUUCCCUCUCGCCAUGCAGUAAGACCCCCAAACCUGUACAAAUGGAAAAGGAGUUCUCAAGUAGAACUCCAACAACUCCCUCUUCAAAUGCUGGAGCAGUUGACUUGCCCAACAGCAUUGUACAACCGGUCACAGCUGUUUGUUUGAGUCCAUCUGAAACCCCAGACCAGAUUGAGCUUAGUAUGAUACUUGUUCCAAGCCAGACAAAGAAUUUAACAGAAGAUGAACUCCACUUGCACACAGAGCCGAGAAAAGAGGACACCUCCAAGACUGAGUGCCCUCCCAUGAGCCGGUGCAGUCUAAGUCUUCUUCAGUCUUCCUCAGGAUCUCAAGAUUCAGACACAUCUCUCAGUGUGGAUUCUUGUAGGCUGGUUGCCAAUGAAUUGCAGAGCAGUUUUAAAAGAGCCUCCCACCUCUACAAAAUGCUAAGCAACUCCUCCAACUCCAGUGAGGAGCAGCAGGAAAUGGCACAUGUGCUGGCCGAAGCAUUUGAGACGAUGAGAGACGAGCUGAAUUGCCUGCCACCAUGCACUCCUUCAAGAUCUCCCAGCACUUGCACUGUGCGCACAAUAGCUAACAGUGAUGCAACAUUAGGUGAUGACAGGACACUUGCCCUUUUAGAGCAGUACUCCAGACUGCUGCUCAGUGCAGUGGAGAAGAGGAUGGACAACAAAAUCUGAUUUCUAUGUGUGCUGUGGUUGCAACAGGAUUCCAAGCCAUGAGACUGCACAGCAGACUUUUUUUUUAAUAGCGAGGAGCUUUUAAAUAAAGAGAUUGAAAAGAAAUUUUACUAUCCUACCUCCCUGUUUAGCAUGCUACUAUGGCAGCAACACACCCCUGACUUUUCUCACCCUUUGCAAAGUGUUGUGCCCUGCUACUAAAAACGCAUGCAGAUAUUUUGGCCAUCGUAACUGUUGAAUGACCUAUGUGGCAUCAGGGAGAGCAAUUGAUUAUAUGGUUUUGUUAACUGCAUGGUACAGCAAAAUUGAUUCAGUGGUAAUCGUCUUAAAAGACGAAUAAGCAAUUUUAUACGGAUACAAUAUUCUGUCAUGUGUAAAAACAAACUCUUGUUGAGAGGAAUUUCCAGCAACCACCAUUUAUUUGAACAUUGUAUUUGAUAUUUUUAGAAAUUCUCAGUGCUCUCUUACGAAGGGACCGGUAUCCCUGGAAGUUUUAGCAAGGCAGAUUUGUCUCACUUUUACCUUUUAUUGUGGAAUGAUUUUUUACUGUAUGUUGUGUUUGUGCUGAUACUCUCAAGUUGAAUUGGGAUUCAUAUUUAUUCACAUGUGAUAGGUUAUUGAGUCACACAGAGGCUCUUUAACGUUUGUUUGUUGUAUAGUGUCAAUGUCCUGAUGCCCAGCAGAGUCAGUUGGGUGCCAGAGAAAAAAUGGGGGGAUUCGAAGGAUGAUUUUGUAUGGUUUUAUUUGCAGGACGUUUUUGUACUUGAAUAGUAACUGUCUCAUGGAUACGGGUGCCUUAAUCUCGAUCAGCAAUUUGUUUGAAGGAAUGAAUCUGGAAUUUGUAAUUCAAGCAGGUUAUAUAUCAAAAUGAUCAGUGAUAUUUGGAUGUUGUCCACCUCUAAUUGAUUAAUUCUAGGUUGCAGAUUGGGACAAAAACAAAACUGCCAUAAAAAAAAUAAUAAUUUGAAUUGAAUGUUCUGGUGACGAUAGAGUUGCAACAGCCAAGUAGAUGAAGUUCGUUGAACUUUUGUGCACAAAUUACGAGAACAGUUUACAGGUUUUACAGAACUUUGGUUUUAAAAAUACUUAUCCUGAAAAGCAUUUUUACAGAAAAAAAACUUUUCCAAUUAUGACUUCUUAAAGGUGUUUUAUUGUUAUGUGAUGUGCUGUUAUUUUCCCAAGAGCUAAACAAAACACUCUGUAUUCCAACCUUUCCCACAAUCCAUUGCUAAAUAGGUUAAGGUGUUGCCUCUCUGACCUCUGCUUGAAACAACUCUUCUUUUUCCGUGAUCUUGAUAAUGUACAGUAAGGCACUUUUUUUGUCAUUAAGCUUAAUUCAAAAUGAUAGCGUAAUAUGUUAAGUGUACUGUUACUUCUUAUAGAGAUGGACCUUCACAUAUUUUAAUGUGUCCAGCUCUUCUACUGAUACAAAUCCAAGCUAAAGCCAGGUGCACACUGUACGAUUUUGGGAUCUUAAAAUAUUUUUUUGUCAAUGGGACAAAUUGACAGUCUUUGAUUGCUUAAGUUGAUGCCGUAAUUGGUGACCAAAGAUUUAUAUCAUAGAGUCUGACAUAAAAUACAGUCGACAUGGCUUUUUCUCACAGGUGUCAUAUUGUAUGAUGUGACAUAAAAAAAAAGUUGCACAGUGUACACCCAGCUUAAGUCAACACUGCAACUAGUUCAGCUGCAACUUGCCUGGUGUCUGAGAUGCAUAAAUUGUAUUUAUUGACUUGAUGCUUUGUUCCACCUCUGCCACAUUCUCUUGUAUUUUGGUACAAAUUUAUUAACAAUGAAAGAUGCUAAAUGUGCAAUUGCAACAACAGUGCAAAUUUUUACACAUCUGUUACAUACCCCUUUUCACCAAUGGCAGAUUGCACUGGAAGACUUGUAGUUAAAUAGAUUUAUUUACAUCCAUUAUUGUAUGCAACUCUUAUUUGCCAUCUCAUGACAAGUGCUAUGGCUUUAAGCAAGACUGAAAAUGCAUGAGAUUAAAUAAUAUUUAACGUAAGCCCAAACAAACUUGAUUUAGCUAGCUAGUGGGGUAGUGAUGUAGCAGAAGUAAAAACCGUACAGUAAGACUGCAUCAGUAACAAAAGUGCUGUGUCAGAAUCAGCAUGAAUAUACUGCACAUGCAUGAAGAAAGGCAGAAUUUAUGGUUGGCUCGCUCCAUGAACUAGAAUGCAUUGUUGUAUGCUUGACCUGCUCUUCAUGAACAAUCAUGCAAACCUUCUGCUUUCAGCGCUAUCUCUCUGUGGUGACCAGCUCUGCUUUCAUCUAACCUAAUGACAAGUUGAUCAAGAUGUAUUCUAGCAUUACAGAUGGACCAGUGCUCUCAAAGACUGUUUCUUUUUGGAAACUUGUGACUUUGUCUUACCUUUCGCUCCAAACCGAAGUCAAGUGUUUCUAUUCUCUGUCACCUGAAAUCUCUUUCUCAAGGAAAUUAAAACAAAUAAAACUGUAUUUAUUACAUGUUAAA